UGGAAAGCAUGCGAUAGUAAAACCAAUGCUUCUGCAGGCACACUCAAUGGCGCAACUCAACUACCCAAUGCCAUGCUGCCAGAAUGCUUGGAUGGAGCAGCAGCCAUGCUGUUACGAUCCAUCUCAUGGCAGCAAUAUGAGUCUCAACAUGAUGCCUGGUGGCUAUCCGGCAAACCCCAUGUGGAUGGGCACUUGGCAUGGACCACCACCUGGCAUGUACCCAUAUGGGCUGCCACCACCACAUUCUCGCGGCUGUUCCCAUUCGCGGCCAGCUUCACCCACCCAAAGCGUGAAGUCCAGAAAAUCAACGCUAAGCAAGAAAUCGCGAAGAAAGUAUCGGGACGAGACCUCAGAUGAGGAUUCGAAUGAAAUCGACGACAGACGCUCAGUCUUCAGCCACUCUGAUAACCGGAGCGAAAGGAGGUCGCAUGGAGGCCGAUUUUCAGCUCGAGAUCGCGCCUUAAGAGAGACCGCGUCUCUGCCCAAAGAGUCGUCGAGGAGGGCGAUGAGCAGCAAAAACAGCGACCGAGCAGAGAAAACUUCGAUCGCUCGCAGUAGAGUGAGCAUCGCGGAGAGCUCAAGUGGGGAAACUGAUGAUGAACAGAGUGAUGACAGCUUGCACAGAGCGGACCUUCUAGAGGAAGAUGAAGACCGAGCUCUAGUCAAUCCGGUUGAAGUGCCGGAUUCAAGCUGGAGCUGUGAGCAUUGCACUUUUGUCAAUGAUCCUGGCACUAGAGUGUGUUCGGUUUGCUGCAAAACACCCACAUGCAAAGUUAAGCAGAUCAACAGCGAACCAUCGGCAAAAAAGCCCAACUCUGAUAGUCCCGUAUCAUCGAAAAAACCACCUGUGGGGCGGAUUGUUAAUAUAAAAGCCAAAGAAAAGGACAACAGCAAGUUUAAUAAAGUGUUGCAAAGCCCAAGCUCUGAUGAUUACAGUGCGAAUAGCGCCAAAGAUUACAGCGAAACGGAGUCAAUGCAAACCCGACUGGAAAAGCUUAACAUCAAAAGUACAGAGCCUGAGAAAAAGAUUCCAGAUGCGAAAUCUAAAGAAAAAGGCAUUAGUGAAAAGACUGAUAAAUAUGAAGACUUAGAUAAUAGUGAUUUAAGCAUCGGUAAUAAUCAAGAGGCGACUGCGAAAGUAUCCACAGCCUGCGGUGCUUCGCCCCCUAGAGAUAUCCAGAUUGAAAGCACCGAGGAAGCUCACAAUGAGAAAACUUUUUCCACUGCCAGUACAGGGACUUCGCCGCCACCUCAAAGUAUCUCCACUCAGACCUACGAGGAGAUACAUCCGAAUGGAUCCCAAAGCUCUUUAUCAAGGAGUCCAAGGCCGCAACGAGCCAGAUCGAUGAGCAAAAGCGGCAGAAAACAGGAACUGAAUCGAUCCCAUUCAAUGCACGCAAGUUCUUCGAGAAAAGGUUCAGAGUGGUCGUUGCAGCGAUCGUCAAGUCGUCAAAGUUUUACUACGGACUCACAAGUAAGUUUCGGUUUCAAGUGCUUGAAAUGGAGGAAAAAAAUUCAUCACAUAUAA